GAGCCUGACAGGGCCGGCGAGCCUGAAGCGCGUCCCCCGUGGGCUCCGGUGGUGCGGCCCGAGGCGGCCGCGGCGGGGAGGCGGGAGGCGCAGCGCUGCGGCACAGAGGGCAGCAUGGCGUACCCCGGGCACCCUGGCGCCGGCGGCGGCGGCUACUACGCAGGCGGGUAUGGAGGGGCUCCCGGAGGGCCUGCGUUUCCCGGACAAACUCAGGAUCCGCUGUAUGGUUACUUUGCUGCUGUAGCUGGACAGGAUGGACAAAUAGAUGCUGAUGAAUUGCAGAGAUGCCUGACACAGUCGGGCAUUGCUGGAGGAUACAAGCCUUUUAACCUGGAGACUUGCCGGCUUAUGGUUUCAAUGCUGGAUAGAGAUAUGUCAGGCACAAUGGGUUUCAACGAGUUUAAAGAACUCUGGGCUGUACUAAACGGCUGGAGACAACACUUUAUCAGUUUUGACAGCGACAGGAGUGGAACAGUGGAUCCCCAGGAAUUGCAGAAGGCCCUGACAACAAUGGGAUUUAGGUUGAGUCCCCAGGCUGUGAAUUCAAUUGCAAAACGAUAUAGCACCAAUGGAAAGAUCACCUUCGAUGAUUACAUCGCCUGCUGCGUCAAGCUGCGAGCUCUAACAGACAGCUUUCGAAGACGGGAUACUGCUCAGCAAGGUGUUGUGAAUUUCCCGUAUGAUGAUUUCAUUCAGUGCGUCAUGAGUGUUUAAAUCAGGAGGAAGACCUAUGAAGAUAAUCCACAUUCAUUCCGACUGGAGUUCUCCUUUGCUCUUUGCCUUUGGUAAUUGUGUGCAAACUUACACAGCCACUUUUCCUUAACAGCUGUUGUAAAGGUUUAUUACUUUAUGUACAACUGAAGUUUUUAGUUUUGAUAAUAUAUUCUUUGGAAUGUUAUUAAUAUCAGAUCCGGUCAGUUAAACACCAUUUAGAACUUCCUUGAGCCAUUGUUAAUCAUGCCUUAUUUUCUUGCUAAGCCCCUUUUAUGUAAAUUUAAGUGUGCAAAUUGUUUAAGGCACAUUAUGUAUUUUUCAUUGUAAGCUACUAAAACCUUUUCAUCAGACUA